GUUAGGAUCACCUCAUUCCCCUGGAAGUUUUUCCGAUUCCACCAACCCGUCACACCGAGGAAAACUGCCCUCGGUUACGGGAGAAUUAUUAUCUAUAUCGGACAUACAGUAUCGUUUCCCUCCCUGUGACUACUUUUAUUUAAUUUGUGUAUUUUGACUAUCCAUUUUUUUUGCAACACCGGCUAUUUUCGCCCUCUUUUCAUCUCCAGCGCUUUCCAUUUUAGAGGCAGGGGAAGACUUGGUGUCCUGAGCAAUUGGAGUGACUAAACCAAGUUUUUCCCCCUGCAUUGCAAGAGGAAUGAAUAGCUACACGAGCUGAGAGAGAGGAGGAAGACACUACACGCGUAUGGUUGAAUGAUCGACAUGGAAUGCAACAAUCUGAUCAACGAUUUGGGAGAAAAUGGGUUGCCUUCAGCUACAUCUUCCAUUAUGGCACCAGAGGAGAGUUCCUCCAACAUGAAGAAGGACGACAGCGAUGACGUGAAGAGCCCCCAGAAAACAGAGUCGCCACUCAAAGCCCACACCCCAACAAAGAUGGACGCCGAGCAGAGAGCACGUACACCCACUAAAGCGGACAGUGUCCCCAAAUCUCCCAUGUCCCCAGCAACACCCACACGGAGAACAAGUUCUAGCCCCAGACCCAAUAAAGACGCGAUGAAGUCUGAAGACCGACAGAAACAAGCGAAGGAGCGCCGAGAGGAGCGGGCUAAAUAUCUGGACGACCGUAAGCAUCUACAAGCGGCUAAGAAGGCCCAGUGGCUGGAGAAGGAGGAGAAGGCGCGGCAGUUGCGGGAGCAGCAGCUGGAGGAGCGCCGUCGGAGGCUGGAGGAGCAGCGCGUGAAGGCCGAGAGGAGGCGCGCCGCCCUGGAGGAGCGACAGAAGCAGAAGCUGGUGAAGAACAAGGAGAAAUAUGAAGCCGCCAUCCAUAGAUCCACCAAGAAGACGUGGGCCGAGAUCCGACAGCAGAGGGGAUCCUGGGGCGGGGCUCUCCACGGCAACAGCCAGAAAGAGAGCAUCUGCUCGAUGUCGGCAGUCAACCUCCCCAAACAAGUGGACUCGUCCAUAAACAAGAGACUGUCCAAGUCCUCCGCCACGCUCUGGAACUCGCCCAGUCGAAGCCGUAGACGGGAGCUGAGCCCAUGGGAGAGCAGCAUCGUGGACCGGCUGAUGACCCCAACCCUGUCCUUCCUGGCUCGCAGCCGCAGCGCAGCUAGCGUGCUGAGCAACAGCAGAGACUCACAGUCCCCCGUGUGCCCUCGCUCUGCCUCCGCCAGCCCGCUGACCCUGUGCGCCCACCGGCCGCACCACCGCUGCUCCGACCGCUGGAGGGUCACCACCAGCACCCCAGACAUCGCUCAGCGCACCCCUCGACGAGACUCCACACCGAUUGAUAGAAGGAAGAAGGAGAAGAAGGACAAAGAGCGAGAGAAUGAGAAAGAGAAGAGUGCCCUGGCCAAAGAGAAGGUGCUGAAGAAGAGACAGUCUCUACCCGCCAUGAGGAUCAGGAGUGAAGCCAGUCCCAGUCCUCUGUCGCGACGGGCGGCGUCCCCGGCCACACCCCCCCGAGGCAGGGUGUCCUCGCCCAGCCCGGCGCCAUCCCCGCGGGGCUCCUCUGCCCGCGCCAGCCCCUCCACCCCUAAGGCUCGGCCCAAGCGCGCCAGCACGCCUGCCCGCGUCACCCCCCGCUCCGCCUCACCCGCCCCAAUCGAGAGGGUCCGAGAGCGAGGCCGGUCCGCCACGCCCGACUCUAAGGGAUCCUCCCCUGUUCCCUCCAUCGUCGUGUCUUCCGCCCCAGUCACGCCACCCCCACCACCACCAACCCCUGUGGCAUCGUCCGCCACCACCACGCCGCCCGUUGCUCCUGGCCAAUCGCAGCCAGCUCCCGCUCCGGCUGUCCCAGCAUCCUCUGCUGCCCCGGCAGCGUCCGCUCCCACUCCGGCUCCGGCGGCAGCUCCAGCGGCCUCUCCGGGCAAGCCCAUGGCGGGCACCAACAACCCGGAGGAGGCGUCGCGCAUCCUGGCCGAGAAGAGGAGGCAGGCUCGCGAGCAGCGGGAGCGGGAGGAGCAGGAGAAACGCGAGCAGGACGAGAGGGAGAAGGUGCUCCGUGAGGAGCGCGUUGCGCGGGAGGCGGAACGGAAGGGGCGGGAGGAGGAGGCGCGGCUGAUGGCCGAGCAGCAGAAGCAGCGGGACGAGGAGGAGCGCCUCCUCCAGGAGAAGGAGGCGCAGGAGAGAGCGCGCGCCGAGCAGGAGGAGAACGAGAAGCUCCAGAAGCAGAAAGAGGAGGCUGAAGCUAAGUCCAGGGAGGAGGCAGAGCGUCAGCGCCUUGAGAGGGAGAAACACUUCCAGAAGGAGGAGCAGGAGAGACUGGAGAGAAAGAAGCGUCUGGAGGAGAUCAUGAAGAGAACACGCAAAACAGACGGCACUGGAGACAAGCCAAAGGACUCCAAGCCGCCCUCGCCUCCACAAGUUAACGGCAAAGACGCCAUACCAGACCCCGAGAGCACCAAAGCUGCAGCUGACUACCAGCCAAGCCCAGAUGAGACUCAGCAGCAGCAGCCCCUGAGCGCUAACGACAGCUCCUCGGUGGUGAACGGAGUCCAGCCUGCCAAGCACAAGAACGGCCUGUCGGGCAAAACCGAAGCCACCCACUUCGAGGAGAUCAUCCAGCUGUCCAAUCACUGCGGCAGCAAUGGUGGUGGGCGGGACAAGUCGGAGAGUGACAUUCCUCACGAGCCAAUCAUGGCCUUUGAGAGUGGGGAGAGUUUCCUGAAGAAGGCGGGCCCAAUGAAGCCUCAGCAUGUUGCAGAAGUGCUUUGAAGAGGGAGAUGCCCCUACACAGGACCCUGACACACCCAGAGCCCUCACAUCCCAACCCAGCAGAGGGACUCUCUCUCUCUUCUCUCUUGCUCUUUUCUCUUGCUUUCUCUCCUUCUUUAACC